CCAGCUCUAAGUUUAAUGUGUGAAAGUAAAGGAAACCAACUCAGAAACAUAAACAAUCUAACUUAAAGAAUACGAUUGAGUGCUUCUAAACGCAAAUCCGUUAAGUCAGUGAACCAGUUUUGUAAGAGCUUGGUUUUUGCACUUGAUCAGCAGAUGGCAUUAGGAUGGAUUCAGUGCUUCUUGUUUCUUUGGGUGAUUUUAGUUGCAUUACUAGCCAACUUGACAUUGGCUAGUUUUGGAUUUCUACCCGUGUCUUCUCCAUUUUUUUUUAUGUGUCAGUACCAUGGAAACACAGAUCAAUCAGGGAUAGCUGAAGGUGAUGUAGCUCUUUCUGUCAAAAUAUCAGGAAAUCCAGAAUUUUAUGAACCCAGUAAAGUAUAUGAAGUGACUGUUUCAUCCAGUGCAAACUUUGAUGGCUUUUUGAUGACUGGUAUCUACACCCUUCCUGAAGAAGCUGCCAAAAAAACUUCUCCACUUCUUAAGACUAUGGGAAUGGGUCCUCAGUACCCACAUGCAGUAGGAGAAAGCAUGAUAUGUUCUAUUGUUCACUCCCAUUUAUCUCACCGGCCAUCUAAGUCUAUUUCCUUUCACUGGAUGGCACCACCAACUGGAACAGGCUGUGUUAACUUUAUGGCAACAGCUACUUUAGGGCAGAAUGUUAUGUUUAAAGAUAUAUUAGCCUUGCAGAUAUGUGAAAAAGGAGAAGGUGAAAAGAUACAGCCUCGAAAACUGGCUGCUCUUCAUAAACCAGGCAUUGUGUUAAGAGAAGAUUUUGAAUCUACAGACAUUGAUUUAAAUCCUAAUCACUGGUCAGAUGUGUCCAGUGUAGAGGUUGGUGAGCACUGUGGUACGAUACUACAUGGAAAAGCAGCAACAUUCUGUCAACCAAGCAAAGAGAGAAAAAUGAUCACUGUUGGAUUAAACACAACUACUGCAACAACUCUGCAGUUUUCAUUAGGUUCAGGUAACUGUAGUACAUCUGACAAAGAUACUCCUGUUACUGUAUCAUAUGGUUUAAAUGGAUGUUCUGAUUGGAGGACUUUAGAGACUAUUCACCCAGCCAGUCAGAUAGAAACAACUGUCAAUAUCAUCUGUUUACCACCAGAAGCCAGGACAAAUGAUGUAUGCUUCCGCUGGCAACAACUUUCAGCAUCACCCAGCAGUAGCAUACAGGGGUGUUGGGCUGUUGAUAAUCUGGUUAUCAGUAAUGCAGCAGAUAGACCAAAAUACUUAGAAGAAGAUUUUGAUCCUAUAGAUCCAGGACACUGGCUGUUUUUUCCAGGAGGGCAUGUCCGGAGAAAAUGCCAAUCAGAUGGAAAUGCUGUUGUGUUUCAUGGAAACAAGCACAAACAUCGAUAUAUCACAAGCCAAGAUUUAGCAUUAGAUUUUGAAAUUAUGAAAGAAGAGAUAAUCAUGUCAGAAAGUUUUGAUGAUAAUCAUCUAAAUAAAAAGUGGGAGCUCAUCAACAGUGAGGUCAGUCAACACUGUGGUGUUAUACAUCACAAAAAAGCCUUGGUGUUCUAUGGAACCAAAGGUCAUGCAAAAGCAUGUACACCAUAUCUAGACACAACUUUGGUUGGAAAUUUAAGAUUCUAUUUUUUUCAUGGAGGUAAAAACUGUAAACCCAUUUCUGGAGCAGUAGCUCACGAUGCUCCAGUCAUUGUAUUUGCAGAAAAUACUGAUGGAAAUUCUGUUCCUCUUACUGAUGCUAUUCAUGUUUCUGGAGAGCUCCCAAUAUUAGUAUCUUUGGUUGUUCCUACUGAGGCUCAGUCAGAAAAGAUUCGUUUUUGUUGGGCCCAGAAAAGUCAAGGGAAAAAGAUUCAUGAGGUCUGGGCUAUAGACUCUGUUGUGCUGUUACCAUGGCUACCAUCCAACACUACUCAUGUUUUUCAAAUGAAAAUAAAUCUCGAGUGUGGAAAGAAUUUUUCUGAUAACAGUGUUUCAGUUGAAUUUACGAAUGACCAUGGACAUUUAUGGCACCCAAUCCAUGAAUACUGUCUUCAGCCAAGCUGUACUGGGGCUCACUCUGCCAUCAAAUCUCAUUUUAUAACUUCUGAACUGUUGGGCUGGACCCGUGUCACCUUUCCACUGCCUUAUCCUGCUUUAGGAAAUACAAUAAGAUUUCGUGUUCGUCAAAUGGGAAAAUUUGAAAGUUCAAACUGGGCAGUUGAUGAUGUGUUCAUAGGUUACUGUCCAAAUGGAUGUUUAGGGCAUGGAAAAUGUUCCAAGACUGGCUGUAUGUGUGACUUUGGCUUUUCUGGAAACAGUUGUGAAGUUCCAGCAGUCCAAUUUCCAGCUGAAAUUUCUGAGACAUUUUCUACUCCAACCUUACAACCUACACCAAGUGUAAUAAAGAUUCAUGGAGCUGAACUAGGAUUCCAGUGUGGAGCUUUAGGAGGAGGAAAAGCUGUCAUCUUCAACCAGGAUGGAGCACGAGAAUUGCUGACACGUGAACUAAACACCACAGGUAGCAGGUUUAUUCAGUUUACCAUCAGAGUUGGAAGUCAGUCUCACACAAGUGCCUGUCCCAGUCCUAAUCACCCAUCUGAAGCUGUCUAUGUACACUAUUCAUGUGAUGGUGCCCUUUCUUGGCAUCUACUAAAAACAUUGAAGCAUACAAAGUUCCAGGAGCCUAAACACCUGUCCAUUCCUCUGCCAGAUAAAGCUCUACAUCAAAAUUGCCAAUUCCGACUAUGGCAACCUUACCACUCGGGAGAAUUGCAGGAUAUGUGGGCUGUUGAUGAUCUCUCAGUGUCAACUCAGAUGGCUAACAUAAUUAGUCUCAACUUCAGUGACUUCCAGGCUAUCAAUGACUCAAUUCGCUACAACUAUGGAAACAUUGAUCGCUAUUGCAGACCAGAUGGAGAUGCACUUAGUUUUACUGCAGAAGUACCAUUUGGUUCUACUCGUACUUUGGAAACAAAGUCUCUGCACAUUGGCCCCGCCUAUAUGCUUCAAUUUGACUUGGUGUUAGGAUGUGGAGAGGCUUAUAGCCUUGGAAAAGAUAACAAGGUUUAUUUGGAAUAUUCCACCGAUCAUGGAAUGACAUGGCACCCUGUGUACAAGCCCUGUCUUCCUUCCACUGGUAGAUGUAAUGGCAUUUACACUCAAGGGACUGUUUAUGAUGCUUCUGAGUAUAAAAAAUGGAAACGUGUAACAAUCAGCCUUCCUUCUUUAACCUGGUCCAGUGCAACAAGAUUUCAGUUACGUCAGUCAGAAUUUGAUGGUCAAGAUUCCUGGGCAGUAGAUAACUUAUAUAUAGGUCCUCAAUGCCCAGAUAUGUGUAGUGGACAUGGAAGAUGUAUGCAGGGAGUCUGUCAAUGUGACAAGGGUUUUUAUGGGACAAACUGCUUACCCAAAGAAAAGCUAAAAGCUGUUCAAAAGAAAGACUUUGAAUCUGUCGAAAAAUUAGAGGGAGAAGGCUUUGAAAUAAGUGGUGGAACCAUAUCUUGGGGUGACAAAGGCUGUGGCAUUAUCACUUCUGGUUCAUCUCUGUAUUUUUAUCAAGAUGGGGUACGCCAAUUGAUAACUGCUGACAUGGAUACAGAAGACAUGAACUUUGUCCAAUUUUUUAUUCGAAUUGGUGGAGGUGAUCCUAUCUUUUGUAACAAUGCUACUGGCAGAAAUGAGAGCGUCCUUCUUCAGUUUUCAAAUGAUGCAGGAAUAAGCUGGGAUAUCCUACGAGAACUUUACUCUGAAAACUAUAGAUCUGCAAAAAUGGAGCACAUUUCUCUCCCACUGAAGGCAAAGACACGCAGCACAAGACUACGAUGGUGGCAACCCCAACACUCUGGUGUUGGUCAAGAUCAGUGGGCAUUGGAUGAUCUGUAUUUGAACAAUGACAAGGUCAAAUAUGAGGUCAAUGUUUCUUCUAAAAGUGAAGGCCAAUGGUCAGCAUUAACUGAGUAUUCUGAAAAACCAUUUUGUAACUCCACAAACAAUGUUUUGGUUUUUCAUGGAAAAGAAAACCACCGCUUUGCUGUCAGCCGACCCUUAAAUCUUCUACAAUCUGAUGUUAUACAAUUUAAAAUAAGUGUUGGAUGUUUGAAAGAAUUUAGAUGGGGUGGUUCUGUUCAAUUACAAUAUUCCCAUGACUCUGGAGUCACUUGGAACCUUGCUCAGGAUUCUUGCUUUCCUGAUAUUGGCUGUAGUGGUCAGCUUCAUGAUGCUAGUGUCUACUACAGUGGUCUUCAUGGUCACUGGACUCGUGUAGUUGUUCCUGUAUCUCACAAGAUGAGCACCAACCAAACGUUGCUGAGAUGGAUCCAGCUGUUAGAUGGUAUAAAAAAUCCACCAAUCUUUGCUCUUGAUGAAAUUUAUGUGGGCUCACCAUGUCCUGGUCACUGCCUAGGUCAUGGACAUUGCAAUAAUGGAAGGUGCAAAUGUGAUCCAGGCUAUAAAGGUAGCAACUGCACUGCUGCUAAUCAAAAUGAGCCAGGAAUGUCAGAUAGGUUUGAUUCUGGUGGAUUUAGUAAGGCCUGGGAACAAAUUCAUGGUGGACAGUUGGGCACAGGAUGUGGAACUCUGUCUCUGGAUCAGUCAUUGUACUUCACUGGAAAUGUAGCACGAGAAGCAAGGACAAUAGAUUUAGACACAAGAAGUAUAAGCACUGUGCAUUUUGUUAUUCAAAUUGGAAGUGACAAAAAUCUACCUAGCUGCCGAGCUCCUCAUCAUCGUAGAGAAAAUGUAUAUCUUGAGUAUUCUGUGAAUCAUGGUCUAACUUGGCAUUUGCUUCGAGAACUCGAUCAUCAGGUGUUUAGUCACACAGGUUCUACAGUAGUAGUAGACAUACCUGAGGCUGCUAAGUUACCUGCAACAAGUUUCAGAUGGCAUCAGCCAUUAAGAGACACACAAGGAACAGAAUGGGCUUUAGAUAAUGUUCUCAUUCAUGCACACCAAAGUCGUAAAACAGGAUUUCAGGAUGGUUUCUCACCCAUGCAGAAAGACAGUUUUGUCACAAAGCAUGGAGUUCCUGAGUCUGCCUGUGAAGCUAAAGAUACUGCUCUCAUCUUUUCAAGUGACUUCAUUGACAAUCGUUAUGCUGAAACCUGGGAUUUUGACAUAACUCCUGCUACCUUCCUCCAGUUUGAUUUGGCCCUGGCGUGUAAUCGUUAUUCAUCACCUUAUGCAGUAAACUUAGAAUACUCAUUAGAUAGAGGACGUACAUGGUCACUAGUAGCAGAAGAAUGUGUUCCAUCUGAUGUAGGAUGUAGCAGCUACCACCAGAGUAGUACACUGCUCUCAGACCAAUAUGGAAACUGGACAAGAUUAACUGUUCACCUCCCUCACCGAGCUAUAUCACCUACCACUAGAUUUCGUUGGAAAGAAGCCUCUGACAAGCCCACUGGGCAAAAAUGGGCUAUUGAUAAUGUUUAUUUGGGUGAUGGCUGUCCUUGGAUGUGUUCUGGACAUGGGUAUUGUAACCAUGGGCGUUGUAUCUGUGAUCCAGGAUUUAAAAGCCCAUACUGUGUUCCAAGUUAUCCACGACAAUGUGAUCUAAAAGACACCUUUGAUUAUCCAUUACUUAACUCAACACUUUGGCCUGAAGUGUAUGGAGCAGAAAUUAGCACAAGAUGUGGUGUUGUGGUCAGUGGUACAGCACUGACGUUCUAUAAGGACAGCUUAAGAAUGAUUGUUACAUCUGACCUGGAUCUAACAACAGUACAGUUUGUUCAGUUCACUGUGAGGUUUGGUUGUCGUGGUGCUCUUCCUUCUGAAAUUACUAGAGCUCAUGGUCUGCUUCUACAAUAUUCAAACAAUGGUGGAGUUACUUGGCAUUUGCUGAAGGAAAUUCACUUUAUGGCUGAAACUGGACCAACUUUCUUUGUCAUCCCUCUGGAAGAUCCUGGUGUGCACACUAACUCCACAAGACUGAGAUUGUGGCAGCCUCGACAUGAAGGUUUUGGAAAGUCAGAAUGGGUUAUUGAUGAUUUCAUCAUUGGAGGCAUGACUAUAAAUCCAAACAUUUUGUAUGACCCUCUUGACACAGAACCACAGCAUGAUGCCUGGUUGACAUGGCCUGGAGGCAGAAUAGACUCUUUCUGUUCAGGCAAAGAACAACGAAAAUCAAUGGUGUUUGGAUCAAAUGAAGGAGAACAGGGAUUGUACACUAGAGACAUGGAAGUCACACAAGACACAGUGAUACAGUUUGAUAUAAAAGUUGGUUGUGGCACUAUUUCGUUAGCAGACUAUCCUGUUCGACUUGAAUAUUCUGUGACUCGUGGCCGGACUUGGGAACUGGUAAAAAGUCCUUGUGUUCCUUACAGUCACGGUCCUGACUGUCUUCACCAAGUGGAGACUCCAACUAUAUAUUACAGUAACACUCAUACUGGUUGGCAACGAGUCAUUAUCCCCCUUAAAGGUCUACAGAUAUGUGGCAUAGUACGUUUCCGUUGGUACCAAGGAUUUUACUCUCUUAGAGAAGCUCCUCCAUACUGGUCUGUUGAUAAUGUUUACAUUGGACCAGCCUGCCCACUUCACUGCCUUGGCCAUGGCUCCUGUAUUAAUGGCAUUAUGUGUAUCUGUGAUGACAACUAUGAUGGAGAUUUCUGCUAUGCUUCCAAACCAAACCCCAGCUUUCUGAAAGAAGUAUUUGCAGGUGAUUCAGUAGAUCCAAAACUGUGGGAGAGGUGGAGUGGUGCAGAAGUGUCUUCUGGAUGUGGUGUCCUUGUCACAGGUUCAAGCCUCUACUUCUCACAACAAGGAGAGAGGAUGUUGGUAACACAGGAUCUGGACUUGUCUGUUGUUAGCUCUGUUCAGUUCUACAUAAAGCUGGGCUGUGAAUCUGUACCUCCUUCACCUACUGCUCAGCCAAUACUCUUACAGUUUUCUGUAGAUGGAGGUGUGAAUUGGUGGUUGCUUGAGGAAUUCAGUUUUGGAAGCAAGGAACAUUAUGUAGCUCUUGAAUUGCCACCACAUGCUCGUACCAACACAACACGAUUACGUUGGUGGCAACCUUCAGUUAAUGGAAUAUUUCUUGAAGAUUGGGCUAUUGAUCAAAUCUAUAUUGGGGGUGAUGUAAAUGGCCUUCCAGCACUAAAUGAUGACUUCACUGCAACUCAUGAGGCCAACUGGAUAUUAACUCCUGGGGCCAAACUAGAACCUGUUUGUGGACGUCUAGACAAUGCUCUUCAUUUUAAUGGUCCUGAUGACAAGAGGUAUGCAAUUACAACAGAUCUUCUGGUCACAGAAUCCAGCUAUAUACAGUUUGAACUGGCAAUGGGUUGCAAAGAGACGGCAUCUUGUUAUGAGGUAGCCUUAGAAUAUAGCACAGACAUGGGAAAAAAUUGGGCACUUGUGCUGAAGCCCUGCCUACCAUCUAGUGGGAACUGUCCUGACUACUAUGAAGGAAGUGUUUUUACUGCUGACUUUUAUUAUGCCUUAGAAAGAAUAACAAUUCCUCUUCCAUACUAUACAAGAUCACACAACACACGAUUUCGCUGGAUUCAACACACACCAUUUAAGAGUUCUGAAUCAUGGGCAGUCGGCCAGGUUUACAUAGGAGAUGAAUGUGGUGACAUGUGUUCAGGACAUGGAAAAUGUACAUUUGGAGCUUGCAAGUGUGAUGAUGGUUGGUCAGGUAAUAUCUGCAAUGUUCCAAAGUCCCCUCUUCCUACUGAACUACGUGACACUUUUACUCUUAAUCCAUCAUCCAAUUGGUUCAGAGUCAAUGGAGGUGUAGUAUCAGACUUGUGUGGUCCUGUGGGAUCUGGUAUGGCAUUGCAUUUUUAUGGACACUGCACAAGGCAGUUAAUCACUAAAGAUCUUGACCUUCGCAAAGCUGUAGUUGUUCAGUUUUAUUUCCGUUAUGGCUGUAUUACUUCACCAAAGACUCGAGAUCAGAGUGUUUUUCUCCAGUAUUCCACAAAUGGUGGAGUUACAUGGGUUAUGCUGAAGGAGAUCUUUUAUGAGUAUCACAUGACACCAAGUUAUGUAGCUAUUUCUGUUCCUGCUGAGAUGCAGAAGAAUAGUGUUCGUAUUCGCUGGUGGCAACCCACUCAUCAGGGACGAGCCCACAAUGAUUGGGCUAUUGACAGUGUUUAUAUUGGAGGUGAAGUGAAUGCACCUUCUGUCUUUACUGAUUUGGGGGAUGGGGCUUUUUUAUCUGAGCACCACUGGCUGACUUAUAAUAAUCUCACUCCUGGUCACUAUUGUGGGAGUAACCAGCAAGUUAUUGUAGGUGAAGCCACAAUUACAGAAAGUGCUGUAUUGGAGACUAUUGAUCUUCACAUUGAGCCAGGUCAUAUUAUGGAAUUUAAAUUUGCUAUUGGUUGUAAUGCUUCCUGGAAUGACUUGGUGGCUCCUUUACAUCUGGAGUUUUCAAUAGACCAUGGCCAAAACUGGGCCCACCUUGUAGAACAGUGUUUACCUUCAACCCCUGGUUGCUUAGGAGAAGCACGUCAAGCAACAGUUUUCUAUGCACCUGAACCAUGGAAACGAGUUGUUAUUCCUCUGGACACCAUUGUAUUCUCAAGGUGGACUAGGUUUCGUUGGAGGCAAAAAGCCAUAGGCGAAACAUCAAUAUCACAGCUUUGGGCUGUUAGUAAUGUAUACAUAGGACCUGCCUGCCCCCAUAACUGCCAUGGUCAUGGAUCAUGUGACAAAGUUCAGCAUUGUAAAUGUGACAAAGGUUACAGUGGCAAAUUUUGUGGAAAACCUCAUGGAAACUUGUCUUACCUAAAAGAUACCUUCACAGAUCACAAAAUUGAUACCGCCCUUUGGAUGUACAUACAUGGAGGAAAGGUUGAUACACCUUGUAAACCAUUGGUAGAGGGCACUGCCGUAGUAUUCAGUGGCUGGACAUUGAAAACUUUGGAGACAGUUGACCUCAAUCUGCAAGACUCUAGGUUUAUACAAUAUACAGCUCUAAUUGGUGGUGAAAGAGAAGGCUUCAUGUGUUUUUCAGCAACACAUCGAAAUCAGAGCAUUUUUUUACAAUAUUCUGUUGAUGGAGGUAUCAAAUGGUCACUACUUCAUGAGUUACACUAUGCCCUUUACGCACAUCCUCGUUAUGACUACCUUCUUCUUCCACCUGAAGCAAGAACUACUAGUACGCGUUUACGCUGGUGGCAAGCUAUUGAUAUAUCUACUUUAGCAGAAGGGUCUUCUAAUCACUUUUUGGGCCCAAGCUGGGCACUUGAUGAUGUUUUUAUUGGAGGUUCUCAAAUCAACCCUUCUGUGUUAAAGGAAGACUUUGAAAAGAAAAACAGUCCUCAGCCAACAAAUUGGUGGUUUCAUCCCAGUGGGCAGAUCAAGAAAAACUACUGUAGACACAGCAGCUUAUCUUUAGUUUGGAUGAAUAAUACUGUUGAAGGAGAAAAAAGCCUGACUACAUGUGAACUCAUUGUAGGAGAAGGAUACAUGAUACAGUUUAAGAUAAUUGUAGGCUGUACACAACCACAAUUUACAUGUAGUGUGAAUCACACAGUAAGGCUGGAAUACAGGAAAGAUACUGGUUUUGGUUCUUGGGAUUUGGUUAGUAAAGCAUGCCUGCCAAGUAAUUCCCUAGACCCAGAGUGUCUGCCUUAUUCUUAUCACAGUGCUAGUCAAUACUCUGCAAACACCCAUAGUAAAUGGACAAGAGUCAGUCUUCUGCUACCUGAUAAAACAUUUUCAAGCUCUACACAAUUCCGUUGGAUUUUAUCCACAAGUCGGCCAUCACCUGACUGGGCCAUCGAUGAUGUGUAUAUUGGUGAAAAGUGUCCAAAUUUGUGUAAUGGUCAUGGAUCUUGUGUUGAUGGUAGUUGUGUAUGUGAUGAUGGCUUUUCAGGUGAAGAUUGUCAGCCAAUCAAAGCUGUCUUUGGAGCUCAUGGGUUUCCAUCCUUUCUCAUGGAUGACUUUGAGGAAGGUUUGAAAUUAGAUGUUUGGCUUUAUAUUGAUGGGGGAAGACUAGGAAAAGAAUGUGGUCCACUAGCUCCUCAUGGCCAUGGCCAUCAUUUGUACUUUGAUGGGUGUGGGAUACGUCAGGCUGUGACUCGAGAACUUGAUGCAGCUUCAACCAGUAAGAUCAUGUUUGUGUUACGUAUUGGGAGUGCUGAAGAAACAUCAUCAUGUCACAUUAACCUUAAAUCUCACACUGCAACAGACAAAGGAGUACUUCUACAGUAUAGUGUGGACAACGGGGUCAACUGGCGUGUUAUUGCAUCUCAUCUUCCAGAGGAUUUUCUUCAGCCAAGACGUCUUGUAUACACCAUUCCAGAAGAAGCUCGAGUGUAUGGAACUAAGAUUCGCUGGUGGCAGCCUGUUCAUGAUGGGCCAGGAACAGAUCAAUGGGUUCUUGAUAACAUAGAGAUUGUUCAAGCUUCACCGAAUGAUCGACAAUAUCGUCUUCUUCAGCAGAGCCAUGGUGUGGGAUCCCGAUUUAAAAACCAACAUUAACAAUUAAAAUAUAAGUAUGAUGAUUUUUCUUACAAUCAUCCUAAAAUUGAAGAUUGAUCAUUGCUUGAAGCAAAUCCUGAAUAUGUAUAAAGAAAAUGCAGGGCACACAUUUAGGAUGUAGCUAACAGUAUCAUAUUAAAAGCGGUGUCCUUUAAUGUGUUCUUAUUUUAUGUAUCUGAUGUUAUUUUAUGAAAGUAAAAACUCAAUAAAAUUUUUUACCAUAAGA